CCUUUUCAUCUGUUUAGUUGCUGAUCAUCUGGGCUGUGAUCCUCAAACACGGUUCUUUGUCCCUCCCAACAUCAAACAGUGGAUUGCCUUGCUGCAGAGGGGAAACUGCACGUUUAAAGAGAAAAUAUCGCGGGCCGCUUUCCACAAUGCGGUGGCUGUAGUCAUCUACAAUAAUAAAUCCAAAGAGGAGCCAGUCACCAUGACUCAUCCAGGCACUGGAGAUAUUAUUGCUGUCAUGAUUACAGAAUUGAGGGGUAAGGAUAUUUUGAGUUAUCUGGAGAAAAACAUCUCUGUACAAAUGACAAUAGCUGUUGGAACCCGAAUGCCGCCAAAGAACUUCAGCCGUGGCUCUCUGGUCUUCGUGUCAAUAUCCUUUAUUGUUUUGAUGAUUAUUUCUUCAGCCUGGCUUAUAUUCUACUUCAUUCAGAAGAUCAGGUACACGAACGCUCGGGACAGGAACCAGCGUCGCCUUGGAGAUGCAGCCAAGAAAGCCAUCAGCAAAUUGACAACCAGAACCGUAAAAAAGGGUGACAAGGAGACAGACCCAGACUUCGAUCACUGCGCAGUCUGCAUAGAGAGCUAUAAGCAGAACGAUGUUGUCCGGAUCCUCCCCUGCAAGCAUGUUUUCCACAAAUCCUGCGUGGAUCCCUGGCUUAGCGAACACUGUACCUGUCCUAUGUGCAAACUUAAUAUUUUGAAGGCCCUGGGAAUUGUGCCAAAUUUGCCGUGUACUGAUAACGUAGCAUUUGACAUGGAGAGGCUCACCAGAACCCAAGCAGUUAACCGGAGAUCAGCCCUAGGUGACCUCGCCAGUGACAACUCCCUUGGCCUCGAGCCACUUCGAACUUCGGGGAUCUCACCUCUUCCUCAGGACGGGGAGCUCACUCCUAGAACGGGAGAGAUCAACAUCGCAGUGACAAAAGAAUGGUUUAUUAUUGCCAGCUUUGGUCUCCUCAGUGCUCUCACGCUCUGCUACAUGAUCAUCAGAGCCACAGCUAGCUUGAAUGCUAAUGAGGUAGAAUGGUUUUGAAGAAGGAAAAAACUGCUUUCUGACUGAUUGCCUUGAAGGAAAAAAGAACCUAUUUUUGUGCAUCAUUUACCAAUCAUGCCACACAAGCAUUUAUUUUUAGUACAUUUUAUUUUUUCAUAAAAUUGCUAAUGCCAAAGCUUUGUAUUAAAAUAAAUAAAUAAUAAAAUUAAAA